GGGCGGUCCCGGCAGGAUGGAGGGCGGCGGGCGGCGGGUGCUGGUGGUGGGCGCGGGGCUGGCGGGGCUGGGCGCUGCGCAGCGGCUCCGCGGCCACGGCUCCCUCCGCCUGCUGGAGGCGACGGGGCGCGCCGGGGGACGCGUCCGCACGCGCCGCUUCGCAUCAGGGCUGGCAGAGAUGGGGGCACACUGGAUCCACGGCCCCUCACCGGGCAACCCUGUCUUCUGCCUGGCCACCGACUACGGGCUGCUGGGCCCCGAGGCAGCCCGGGAGGAGAACCAGCAGGCGGAGGCAGGGGGCCACCCCCCACUGCCCUCCGUCACCUACGGCAGCUCGGGGAAGGUGCUGGACCCCCGGGCAGUAAGUGAAGCCCACGACCUCUUUGACACCCUCCUGGCCACCACCCGCGCCUUCCGGGGGGCCGGGGAGCUGCCGGCGCCCAGCGUGGGGCAGUACCUGCGGGCUGAGAUCACCCGGAGGGUCCCCGCGCUGGGUGGGGGGCAGGAGGAGGCCCGGCGGCUCCGGCUGGCCGUCCUGGCCACCUGCUUCAAGCUGGAGUGUUGCAUCAGCGGGACACACAGCAUGGACCUGGUGGCCCUGGAGCCCUUCGGGGAAUACAUCUCCCUGCCCGGCCUCGACUGCACCUUCCCGGGCGGCUACAGCAGCUUGCCCCAUCGCAUGCUCUCGGCUCUUCCCGAGGGCACCGUCCUGCUCAACAAGGCCGUGAGGACCAUCCAGUGGAGAGGGACCUUCCGAGAGGAAGGGGAUGAUGGCAGGGAUUUCCCUGUGCAGGUGGAGUGUGAGGAUGGAGACACCUUCCUCGCCGACCACGUCAUCAUCACCGUCCCACUGGGAUUCCUGAAGGAAUGCCACCAGGUCUUCUUCCAGCCUCCCCUGCCCAAGCAGAAAGCAGAAGCCAUUCGCCGCCUGGGUUUCGGCACCAACAACAAGAUCUUCCUGGAGUUCGAGGAGCCUUUCUGGGAACCCCAGCAGCAGUUGCUGGAAGUGGUGUGGGAGGACGAGUCACCUCUUGAGGAGCCCAGUGCUGACCUGGAGGCCAACUGGUUCAAGAAGCUCAUUGGAUUUGUGGUUCUCCAACCACCAGAGCAGCACGGACACGUCCUCUGCGGCUUCAUCGCAGGGAAGGAGUCGGAGUACAUGGAGACCCUGAGCAACGCUGAGGUUCUCAGCACCAUGACCCACCUCCUCCGCACAAUGACAGGGAACGCGCUCCUGCCCGCUCCCAGGAGUGUGCUCUGGUCCCGCUGGCACAGCGCUCCCUACACCCGCGGCUCCUACAGCUACGUGGCCGUCGGCAGCACUGGGGAUGACAUCGACGUGUUGGCUCAGCCCCUACCCGAGGACCCUGAGGACCCCAGGGUAAUUUUGGCUCCGGAGGGGGCAGAGGGGGAUGCAGAGGCCAUGGAGAGAGCAGGACCCCCAGACAUGGGAACAGGUGGACUGGGGCAUCCUGGGCACAGGAGGCCUCAGGCCUUGAGGAGCACAGGGAGGUGGCAUUCCCCAUUCCUGCUUGGACCACCAGCCAGCCCCCCCUUGACUCUCCCUGCUGAGCUCCAUGGGGGCAGGGGGGAACACAAUUUCCAUAACAUUUGGAGACCUGUAGCUCCUUCCUGCCACUUUGUGGGGUCCUCACAGGGCAGGGUGGGUCUCUAAGGAAGGGAAGAUGCCCGCUCCUCGACCUCUGGGUGGUUGCAUCUGCGGGGUGCCAGACGGCAUGGAGAUUAGACUGGUUUAGUAGGACCCGGUGUCCCCGCGGGGCCGGGGCAGGCGGCAGGACCCCGGUGCUCACCUCCCGCCCCACUGCAGCCUCUGCAGCUCCUCUUCGCCGGCGAGGCCACCCACCGCACCUUCUACUCCACCACCCACGGGGCGCUGCUGUCAGGCUGGCGAGAAGCCGAGCGGCUCAACCAGCUCUUCCAGGCACCCAGCCCCGCUCCUCAGCACUGAGGCAGGAAAAAUAAACCUCCUUCUUCUCA